UACAUCCUCUGCUUUUUGAAACAAACUUAACUGGAAAUGUAAAAACACACUUACUUUACAUACUGCUGAUAUUUUAGUGCCACCAGCAGAAAAUCAAGUGCUCUAGGGUUCUGUUCAUCUUCAUCAGUCUCUUUCUGUGCGUGAACGGGGGAUCUGUCAUGUUGAACUGCACCUCUCCGAACCCGACUGCUCUGCUGCAGGCUCUCAGUCCAGUCUUUGAACUCAACAGCAUCAGACCAGUGUCAAACCUCAGCACACACACUAUGGUCUCUGUCGAAUUUAUCAUGUUUGGCAUUUUGGGGGUGGAUGAAAAGGCCCAGCUUCUGACAACAUUUAUUUGGCAGUUCUUGGUCUGGGAAAAUGAGUUUAUGAGAUGGGACCCAGAACAGUGUGGCUCUGACUGGCUGACGAUUCCAAGAGAAAAACUGUGGGUGCCAGACAUUGUCAUUAAUGAAUUCAUGGAGAAGAAUACAGCCCCAUCGGUCCCGUACGUGUACAUAUACAGCGAUGGAACGGUGCUUGACGAUCAGCCAGUAAAGGUCAUCAGCUCCUGUAGACUCGACAUAUACCUGUUCCCCUUUGACACUCAGAACUGCAGUUUCAGCUUCAACUCCUACAUACUCAAGACUAACGAUAUGCAACUUCAAACCGUUUGGGAAGACGAUUUUAGAAACAACAUCUCUAAAGAGGUCAUGACUACAAUGGGCGAGUGGCAGCUAGUCGAAAUCACAGUGAUGAAAUUAGAACUUCCAUCCAGCACACAAGCAACCUACCAGGAGCUGCGCUAUCAUGUGACCGUACGGCGCAGUCCUACCAUGUACGUAGUGAACCUGCUCCUCCCCAGCUGUUUCCUGAUUGCAGUGGACCUCUUCAGCUUCCUCCUGCCUCCUCAGAGUGUGGACCGGUCCCUCUUUAAGAUGACUCUCAUUUUGGGCUAUACCAUGUUUCUGCUCAUCAUGAACAACCUGCUGCCAGUCACCGGGAACACUAUACCACUGAUGAAUGUGUUCCUGUCCAUGUGCCUGGUUCUGAUGGUGGGGAGUUUACUGGAGACCAUCGUCAUCACAAACCUGCUGUGUGGCUUUGCUAAAAACUCCGCGGCUCCCUGGAUUCUCAGAGUGGUCAUUUUGCAGUUUUUCGGACCUCUCGUGUUGCUUCCACCAAAGCCUAAAGCGAAAGAGGACACAGUAAUUAAAAACCCUGCUGUACAAGUAGUCACGGAUUCAUACAAGAGUCUACAACAGUCUGCCCCCGUGCCCAGGAGCAAGACAGUGGAGGCUCUUCAGGGCUUGGGCAGAGAACUUCACCAGAUCCGCCAGCAGGUGGAGCAGCAGCGCAGUGGCUGUGAGACCUCAGAGGAGUGGUUUCAGAUGGGCUACAUCACAGACAGAGUGAUCUUCGUCACCUACAUCAUCUUCAUAUCAGUUAGCUUCAUCACCAUAGUCAUCAUGUGGGCACAGGGAUCAUGAGGGUUAAUGCCACAACAGGGAAAACCACCAAAAAGGAGCAAAAGUGGGACAAGUUUGGACAUGGAGGGGCAAAUUCAGAAGUUGAAGCUUUUAAGUUAAAUAGAUCUAGUUACAGAGGCUAUAUUUUAUAUUCUAGAGAUUACAUAUAAUUUUUAUUACACAGUUUAUAUAAGAAAUAGGCUAACUUUUCUCAGUUAAUAUUGUUUUUUCAUACUUACCUACAAUAAGGAAAACACACAGAGGAUAUUCUCUACAUUGGAUGGAUGGAGGUGAAAUGGCUGUGCAGAACAACCAAAAGAAGGACAGGUAGAGUCUAUAUAUAACAUACAAAUAUACUACCAGUUAAAA